UAGAAGUAGGUUUCGGAAACCGUCGAUGUGACUGUAUGUCAUGUGGCUUUGAAGUUCAUCGAUUAUUCUGAUAUUCAUGAAUAUUUAUAAUUCCUUCCCGCCGUCCCCCAGAUCCAGUGCAUAUUGCUUCCCCCUAGCCCGCCGAGACAGAAAUUUAUUGCUCCUGUCACUCACUUGAUGUAACUGAAGAUUACCUCACAGCCAUGA